AUGGAGGUUUGGAAUAGGGUUACAAUGCUUAGAUGCUUGUGGAUUAUAAGCUUGAAGAUGGAUUCUCUUUGGGUCAAGUGGGUGCAUACGGUUUAUUUGAAACAUGAAUCUGUGUGGACUGCCAAAAUACCUAGUACUGCUACUUGGAUUUUCAAGGAUAUAAUGGCUAGAAGGGAAGACAUGAAUCAGAUUGGAAAUUGCUGGAAUAAUAUGCAGAGUAGAGGAAAAUUUUCUAUGAAGCUCAUCUAUGAUCAGCUGUCCAAGGAUGCUGACACAGUGGAUUGGAGCCAUAUUAUUCAACAUAAUGCUGCGCGUCCUAGAGCAGUGAUCUGUCUCUGGCUUGUGUUUCAUAGUAGGCUGGCGACAAAGAGUAGGCUCAAACGGUUAGGUCUGUUGCAAGAGGAUCAGUGCAGUUUGUGUACUGAGCACGAGGAGGACAUUGACCAUCUGUUGGUUGACUGCAGUGUUACUAAGCAUGUCUGGAAGGAGGUUCUAGAUUGGAUUGAGGUGAAGCAUCAGCCGGGUCAGUGGCAAGAGGAGAAAAAGUGGAUUGUUCAAAAUACUAAAGGGAAAGGAUUCCAUCCUCACAUGUUGAAAAUCGCCAUCGCCGAGACUGUGUAUGGCAUAUGGAUGUAUCGCAACAAGCGUAUUUUUGAUUCAGGUGCUAAUGAAGAAGCAAAUAGAAUAGUUCCCAAGAUCAUAGAUUCUAUUGUUUAUAGAGGUUGGUUAAAGGCCAAAUAUAGGAAAAGAAUUGGUUUGCUUAUGAUGUAA